GUGUGUGUGUAUGUGUAGUGUGUUCGCUCUGGACCGGAGAGAGGAUAUCCAAGAACAAUGUUAGCGUGUCAACAACAACAACAGCGGCAGGCUAACGGUCGGAUGUGUACUUGCCGUUUCUCUCAUACCGGGAGAUAGAAAAGGCGCUCGUUCAUUCAAGGAGGGAGGAGGAGGACGUUACCGGAAUACCUAAGAGACGAGUGGAGCUGAACCGUCUUCCCGCCUGUCUGACUGACUGUCUGUCUGCCUGGCUAACGUGAAUGAAAUCGUUAACGGAGGAGAAGAGCGUUUCAAUCCACAGCCGUCCAGGAUUCUAUCGACGGAUGAAGAUGGAGUCAUUCCGCCGCUGUGGACGUUAACGGACGUUCGGUCUGGAGAGGCUGGUUGGGGAAGUUGAGCUAGGAGACUGAACGGGAGGAAAGAGGGAGAGGCUGGUUAGGGUAGCUAAAGGGACGCAGCCCAGCCCUGGAUUUCAACAGGAGAUUCCAAGAAGACGAAGAAGAAGAGGAGAAAGCUAUGUGGCGUCACCGCUGCCGCCAGUCUAGUCUGUGGUGGAGUCUUGAGCCACUGGUCGUUAAAACGACCCGGUUUGAUCAGUGAAGCCCCGAGCCUACUCUCUCUCUCUCUCUCUCUCUCUCGCUCUUCCUUUCCCUUCUCUUUACCGAUGUAAAUGACAUCGGUUGUUUUUCUCAGUAAGUAAGCUGUCUCGUGACGUGAGAUAUUUAAAACCGUCAAUGAAGAUGUUGAUGUGUGACCGGGGCGUCCAGAUGCUGGUGACCACCGUGGGGGCUUUCGCCGCCUUCAGCCUCAUGACGAUCGCGGUCGGGACCGACUACUGGCUGUACUCACGAGGGACGUGCAAAAGUAAAAGCACCAAUGACAACGACACGAGCCGGAAGAACGAAGAGGUGAUGACUCACUCUGGUCUGUGGCGAACCUGCUGUCUGGAAGGAACAUUCCGAGGUGUAUGUAAGAAGAUCGAUCACUUCCCAGAGGCUACAGAUUAUGAGGCAGACGCAGCGGAAUACCUUCUCCGAGCAGUGCGUGCCUCCAGUAUAUUCCCUAUAAUGAGUGUGGGUCUGCUGUUCCUGGGAGGGCUGUGUGUGGCCGCCAGCGAGUUCUACAGGAGCCGUCACAACGUCAUCCUCAGCGCAGGCAUCUUCUUCGUUGCCUCAGGCCUCAGUAACAUCAUCGGCAUCAUCGUCUACAUCUCGGCUAACUCUGGUGACCCGGGUCAAAGCGACAGUAAGAAGAGUUACUCGUACGGCUGGUCCUUCUAUUUCGGGGCGUUGUCCUUCAUCAUGGCCGAGAUGGUGGGCGUUCUGGCGGUCCACAUGUUUAUAGAGAAACACAGGAAGCAGAGGGCCAAGUCUCGCACCGAACUCAUCAAGAAAUCGGCGUUCAGCCGUAUCCCUUCUUACCGUUACCGCUUCCGGCGUCGCUCGAGCAUCCGUUCCUCCGAGGCGCCCAGCCGGGAUGCGUCUCCCGUCGGGAAAGGGGGUUACACCGGCCCGGCGGCCUCCGACCUCCCCAUGUACACGCUCACCCCCCGCGAAGCCGGAUCGAAGGCCGCCACGGGGGGAGUUCUUAAUUCAGAGAGGGAGUAUCUACAGGGCGGUACUCUGGCCAAUACCAAGGACUACGGCAAAGACGCGGCCAAUAGGAGAACCACGCCCGUCUGAGGGAGGCGGGACCUAGCAGAUGGAUAAUGAUGAUGAUGAGACAGUGAGGGAAGAGGCGUUAUGAACUUUGACCUCUCUGCAACCUCCAGGGAUAUUUGGGCAAAGGGGAUUGGAAUUAGACGUUGGUUCCUACCACAGAUCUAGGAUUCAGAUUCCCCAACCCUUUUUAAACCCCUUAAAACCUCAUCCCCUA